AUGGCUUCCAACAAGGAAAGUAUGAUCAAGCGUGGGUUUCAAAGCAGCAAGCCAAGGAUGCGAGUUAUGAAGCGCCCUGAGAUUUUCCACUUCAGAAUCCCAGAACCAGAAGAAUAUGAUCUCAUGGAUGAAGAUGAAUCUGCUUCUGGUUUUGAAUCUUGUUCUGAAGUUAAGCUUUGCAGUCCUUGUGAUGCUUCUUCUUCUCCCAUGGAAGGCAGCAACACUGGUCCUCAGUACGACCCUUUUGAGUCUGAUAGCUCUGCUCUUCAAUCAAUUCGUGGUUCAUCUUCUACCCAUGAAAGUGAUGAUUCAAGCUCUACCCAUCAUCAACAUGAUGAUGAUGAACAAGAAAGCGAGGAACUUGAUGAGAUCAACAGCCCACAGAGCGAGUUUGGUCCAUCAUACUCUUCACCCUCUUACGCGACUUUUCCAGAGCCAUUGUCUCCACCAAGAUGUGCUUCCUAUUUCGACUGCAAUUUGUGCUUGAAAAUGGCAAGAGAGCCGGCGGUGAAUUCAUGUGGCCAUUUGUUCUGUGGGAUUUGUUUCCAAAAUUGGUUGCAGAUCUUCUGCCUUGACCAUCCGGAGUGCCCUGUUUGUAAGAGUGAGGUGUCUCCCUCCUCCAUCACUCUGAUUCUGCAGCCUGCCUCUGCCUCCUCCGAGACACCGGUCGGCCACGGAGACCUCAGUUCUGGCUUCAAUACACCACCACCACCAGGACCAAAGUAG